AUGUCGACCAACUUUCGCGACCGGGCCAUCGCCGAGGUCCAAAAGGCCAUCGCCGCGGACCACAACAAGGAGUAUCAAAAGGCCUUUGAUCUCUACAUGUCGUCGAUGGAGCUCUGGGUAAAGGCGCUCAAGUGGGAGAAGAACAAGGCACUCAAGGCCACCAUGCAAGAAAAGAUGGCCACCUACCUCGAUCGCGCCGAGAAGCUCAAGCAGUUCCUUCAGUCCGAGGUCGACAACAACGCAAACGGCGGCAAGGCCCUGAUGGGAGUCAAUGGCUCCAGCACGGGCAAGAGCAAGGGCGUCGCCGAGGACGACGACAGCAAGAAGCUCCGCAACGCGCUCUCUGGCGCCAUCUUGCAGGAGAGGCCAAACGUCCGGUGGGAGGAUAUCGCGGGGCUCGAGGGCGCCAAGGAGACUCUGAAGGAGGCCGUGGUGCUGCCCAUAAAGUUUCCAAACUUGUUUCAAGGCAAGAGACAGGCGUGGAAGGGCAUCCUGCUCUACGGCCCCCCCGGCACUGGUAAAAGCUACCUCGCAAAGGCAGUGGCCACGGAGGCAAACAGCACCUUUUUCAGCAUCAGCAGUUCCGACUUGGUGAGCAAAUGGAUGGGCGAAAGCGAACGGCUCGUCAAGCUCCUGUUUUCAAUGGCUAGGGAAAACAAGCCGUCGGUAAUUUUCAUUGACGAAAUCGAUGCUCUAUGCGGCCCUCGCGGCGAAGGCGAGUCGGAAGCUUCUCGCCGUAUAAAGACGGAAAUUCUCGUUCAGAUGGAUGGCGUCGGCAACGACAGCAAGGGGAUCCUCGUGCUUGGAGCAACAAACAUCCCCUGGCAACUCGAUGCCGCCAUCCGCCGGCGGUUCCAGCGACGAGUUCACAUUGGGCUCCCGGACGUCAAUGGCCGGGCAAGGAUGUUCAAGCUCGCCAUUGGCGACACCGACACUGCCCUGCAAGCCAACGACUUCAACGUCCUGGCCUCCAAGUCUGACGGUUUCUCGGGCAGCGACAUCAGCAACGUGGUUCAGCAUGCCCUGAUGCGCCCUGUUCGCAAGAUUCUGCAGGCCACGCACUUCAAGCCGGUCAUGAAAGAUGGAAAGCGGAUGCUUACACCAUGUUCGCCUGGCGAUGCCCAAAACAUUGAAAUGACGUACGACGACGUCAACGCGGACGAGCUGCUUGCCCCUGAUGUCAUGCUAAAGGAUUUCGAAAUGGCGCUGGAGGAUUCGCAUCCUACGGUGGCCAAGGGGGAUGUCGACAGACAGAUUGAGUGGACAAAUGAGUUUGGCAGCGAGGGCGCCUGA